ACAUUCCGUACAUGGCGCGAAUACUAUUUCAAUUAUUAUAGUGAAAAUUCGACAAAUUCUGUGAUAACUGAAACAAAUCAAAAUUAUUUGUAUCGUUUUAUCCUAGUUGUUAGAAAAGCGCAACAUGUGUGAAAUUAGUGAAACAAUAAUUUUUUGUGUGGGGUUGGAUAAAUGUAUGACGCUAAUUUUUCAACUUAUCAUUGUGAUUUAAAUGGAACUGUUGUGAAAGCCGGACGAGAAAAUUUUAAAAAGCAAAAAAUACAAUUUGAAAUUUAAAAAAAUACGUAAUACAGUGGCUAUUUGGAAUUCAUGAUGGUAUGAUACACUGUACCACAAAGUUAAUACACAAUUCUAAAAAUUGGAAAUAAAAAUUAGUCAAGUCGAUUUUAGAACAGCUUGAAUAUAUUUCUGUAGUUUAUCCAGUUUUUGAAGCAAUAAAAAUGUAGGAUAUUUAAAAAAAAACAAAAAUGUCAUUUAUUAAUUUUGAUUGUACAAUCGUAACUUCAGAUUACCUUGAAAUUAUGGCAUUUCAGUAUGAGCGAUGUUAUUAAAACUAUAUAGUGUUUGAGAAAUUCUUAGAAUUUUACAGAAUAAUACCGAACUGCUGAGAAAUUGCUUGAAUUUUGCGAAAAAAAUCGACACUGUUAUCGAAGGUUAAAAUUCCGAACGUACCCAAAGUUUCCAGAAAUUGCUUGAAUUUUCAAAAAAUAUUCGGAAUUGUCUAAAUUUUGGAAGUAAAAAAAAAUGAAAUGUAACUAAAUUAUAGAGAAAUUUUUAAAAAUUCUUUAGAAAUUCUUAGAAACUCCACAGAAACUGCUUUAAUUCAUUUCUCAAAUGUUUGUGUACUAAUCGCACUAUCGAAAUACUGAUUAAAUUUUGAGAAAAAGAUCCACACUGGUUUUGAAUAAAAGAGAAAUUUUUACAAAUUUAUAGAAAUUCUUAGAAACUCUACAGAAACUGUUUCAGUUGUUCUUAAAUGUUUAGAUACUAACUUAACUGUCGAAAAACUGUUCAAAUUUUUAGAAAAAAUUCAAAUUGUUAUUGAAAUGUGGAGAAUUUUUUUUUCAUUACUCAAAAAGUUGCGGAAAGUUUAAAAAAUUUACUUUGAUUUUUACAUAAAUAAUCAGAAAUUUAGCGAACUUUUCAAAUUUCAAUCCAAAUUCAAAGUAUUAUCGGAAUUUCCAGAAAAUCAUCCAAACUGUUGCCGAAAUUUCACGAAUUUGUUCUAGUUUUACAGAAAACUCCAGAAUAUUCACAAAUUCUUAGAAAUUGUCGCAUUUUCACAUAAAUAUUCAGAAAAUAACUAAAGGAUUUAAAUUUUUGAGAAAAAUACAAAUUCUUGCUGAACUUUUUUCAAUUUUCAAGGCAAAUCUAGAAGAUUCUCAAAAUGUAAAGACGUUCAGUGAAACAGUUUCAAAGGACGGAUGCAGAGACAGCAGAGUAUCGAGAUCGGCCCAGUGUCUUCCAACAGCCCCACCAAUGGCUCUACCAGAAACGCAGAUGACAACGGCCUACAUCCUACAGAUGACAACGACGGAACAAUAUCGUCUGCACUUGAUAGAGACACUGAGACAUCAGCUGAUCAAAGAGCUAAUGCCGAACAACGUGUGAUAUUUAUAAAUAGGACCCAACCGCCCGUGUCCAAAUUUAUUAGUAAUAGAGUAUCAACAGCCAAAUAUAGUCUUGUAAGAUUCAUACCGCUGUUCCUUUACGAACAGUUUCGAAGAUGGGCCAAUGUAUUUUUUCUGAUGAUAGCCAUGCUACAGCAAAUUCCAGAUGUUUCACCAACGGGCAGAUACACCACCUUAGUGCCUCUUAUUUUUAUACUAACAGUGUCUGCCGUCAAGGAAAUUAUAGAGGAUAUUAAACGGCAUAGAGCAGACGAUGAAACGAAUCACAGAAAAGCUGAAGUACUUAGAGGUGAAAAUUGGGUAAAUAUUAAAUGGAAAAAUUUAGUAGUGGGGGACAUUGUUAAAGUAUGGAACAACACAUUUUUUCCGGCAGAUCUGGUGUUGCUAUCAUCAAGUGAACCACAAGGAAUGAGUUUCAUCGAAACAGCAAAUCUAGAUGGGGAAACCAAUUUGAAAAUCAGACAAGCACUUCCUAGUACAGCCACUAUAACAAGUACACAGGAACUAGGACAGUUGUUUGGUACUAUAGAAUGUGAGCCUCCAAAUAAACAUUUAUAUGAAUUCAAUGGUGUCAUUAGGCAGAGAGGCAAAUCACCUGAAGCUUUAGGACCUGAUCAAAUUCUUUUACGAGGCGCCAUUUUACGAAAUACAUCUUGGGUUUUCGGUAUAGUUAUUUACACUGGUCAUGAAUCAAAAUUAAUGAAAAAUUCCGCACUUGCACCACUCAAGCGUUCUACUGUCGAUAAGAUGACCAACGUUCAAAUUCUUCUUUUGUUUGGCGUACUCGUAGCCAUGUGCUUAAUUUGUUCAAUAUUUAACGUUUUAUGGACCAAUAACCACACCGACACUGACUGGUAUAUUGGAUUAGAAGGCCAAUCCAAUAAUUUAUUCUACAAUCUACUAACUUUUCUGAUUCUUUUCAACAAUUUAAUACCAAUUUCCCUACAAGUUACACUGGAAGUCGUCAGAUUUAUUCAGGCUAUAUUUAUAAAUAUGGAUGUGGAAAUGUAUCAUACAGAAACCAAUACACCAGCUAUGGCGCGUACUUCUAAUUUAAAUGAGGAAUUGGGACAAGUAAAAUACGUUUUUUCUGAUAAAACUGGAACACUUACAAGAAAUAUAAUGGAAUUUAAAAGGUGCGCUAUAGGUCCAGACUUAUAUACCAUCGCUGAAAAUGUUGAAGACUCCACUCUCGUUAAGAAUUUACGUAGUGACCAUAAAAAUACAGCUUUAAUGCGCGACAUGCUCGUCCUUCUCUCGGUGUGUCAUACCGUAAUACCAGAAAAAACUGCUGACGGUGAAAUAAUUUAUCACGCAGCUUCUCCCGAUGAAAGAGCAUUAGUAUAUGGCGCAUCUAAAUUCGGAUAUGUUUUUGAGAGUCGAACUCCAGAUUAUGUAGAAAUAGAUGCUUUAGGUACCAGAGAAAGAUAUCAAAUAUUGACAGUGUUGGAAUUUACUUCAGCUAGGAAGAGGAUGAGCGUGAUUGUUAGGGAUCCCAAAGGCAAAAUAAAAUUAUUUUGUAAGGGAGCCGACUCCAUCAUAUAUGAACGUUUAGACAACAAUUCAGGACGUGAGCAUUGUGAAAUUUUAUUACAACAUUUAGAAAAUUUUGCCAGCGAAGGAUUGAGAACACUCUGCUGUGCUGUCACUGAUUUAAAAGAAAGUGACUAUGAACAUUGGAAAGAAUUAUAUCACAAAGCUAGUAUAUCUUUACAGCAUCGAGAGGAGAAAAUCGAAGAAGCAGCUAACCUCAUUGAAAGGAAAUUGAAACUAAUUGGUGCAACUGCGAUAGAAGAUAAGUUACAAGAAGGUGUACCCGAAACGAUAGCAGCUCUUCUACAGGCUGAUAUCAACGUAUGGGUUUUAACAGGCGAUAAACAAGAGACUGCAAUAAAUAUUGGUUAUUCGUGCAAACUUUUAUCGCAGGGUAUGCAACUGAUUGUACUCAAUGAAGAUGGAUUAGAUAAAACUAGAGAGGCGAUUCUUAAAAAUUGCGAAGAUCUGGGAGACAAUUUAGGGAAACAGAAUGAAAUAGGGCUUGUUGUAGACGGCAAAACAUUAACCUAUUGCCUCACUUGCGAAUUGCGAAACGAUUUUUUGAAACUAUGCGUUUCCUGUAAAGUUGUUAUAUGUUGUCGCGUCUCCCCGAUACAAAAAGCAGAGGUAGUGGAGUAUGUAACCAAAUAUACUAAGACAGUUACUUUAGCCAUUGGAGAUGGAGCAAAUGAUGUUGCUAUGAUACAAAAAGCACAUGUUGGUAUUGGAAUAUCAGGCGUUGAAGGUUUACAAGCUGCCUGUGCUUCUGAUUAUAGUAUAGGACAAUUCAGGUUUUUGUUAAGGUUACUGUUCGUUCAUGGUGCCUGGAAUUAUUCAAGAAUAUGCAAAAUCAUUCUUUAUAGUUUUUACAAAAAUAUCUGCCUCUAUGUAAUUGAAUUAUGGUUUGCCAUUUAUUCGGGAUGGUCAGGUCAAAUUCUUUUCGAACGAUGGUCAAUUGGUAUGUACAAUGUCAUAUUUACGGCUCUUCCUCCUCUGGCGAUGGGACUUUUCGAUAAACCAUGCAGUUCAGAUAAAAUGAUGCAAUUUCCGAAAUUGUACAAACCCUCACAAAGCGGGGAAUUGUUUAACAUCAAAGUUUUCUGGGUUUGGAUUAUCAAUGGUAUGAUACAUUCCGCUCUUUUAUUUUGGUUACCAUUAUUGGCGACCCAAAACGAUACUCUAUGGUUAAAUGGGCAUGAUGGAGGUUAUUUGGUACUUGGAAAUUGUGUAUAUACCUAUGUUGUGGUGACAGUUUGUUUAAAAGCUGGUUUAGUUACCAAUUCAUGGACCUGGUUAACACAUUGUGCUAUCUGGGGAUCGAUCAUGCUAUGGUUUUUAUUCGUCAUCGUAUACAGUUUAUUUUGGCCAGCAAUACCAAUCGGAUCUGUAAUGUGUCGAAUGUAUAUACUACUAUUUUCGUCGACUGUCUUUUGGUUGGGUGUUUUUAUCGUGCCAAUUAUUACCGCUCUGCCAGAUUUUACAGUUAAAAUAGUACAAGGGACUAUGUUUAAAUCAAUAACGGACAUAGUUCGCGAAAACGAUAUAAAGAAAAGUGAUCCUUCGAUGUAUAGGGGAGAGCCGAAAAAUUCACUAUCUGAAACUGCCCGUUUGCUGAGGAACGUCUUCACCAGAAGAAGUACUGCUCCGAGGAUAGAGCAGGAUGUGGAGCUGUCACACGGCUUCGCUUUUUCUCAAGAAGAAGGAGGAGCAGUCUCCCAGUCGGCUAUUAUAAGAGCUUACGACACGAACAAACCAAAACCAGAUGGAAUGUAAUUGAUGAAAACUGAAAAAUAUAUCAAGAUGAAAAAUAUAUUAGAAGAGUACUUACAAUUUUUGUAUUUUGUAGUUGUGGCGGAGAUAAAAAUAUGUCAUGUUAAUGAGUGUUCCUUUUUUGUUUUAUAAAAAAUAACUCGGUUUUUUAUUGUAGCGUAAACAAUUUAGGACAGAAAAUUUAUAAAUAAGUUUCUUUUGUUUGUUAAAUGAUUUAAAUUAAUUUGUACAUUUUUUAUAUAUAAAGUAAUAGUAAUAGUUUCAUUUGUUACUAUCAGAAACAUUCAGUCACAGUUAUAAAAGAGUAAGAAAAAUUUUCUGAAUACAUUCAUAAUAAGAAACAAUUCACAAAAUAAUAAACAACAAUCUAUUUUCAAAAUUAUAACUAUACAAAAUUCAAGUUUUUUCUUAACAAAAUUAGAUUUUUAGCUAGUCUCUUGUUAAGUUAUUAUGAAUCACCGAUAUUUGAAUAUUUGUAGCUUAAAAUUUCCACAUUUUAAAGUCGUUUUCCUAUCAAUAUUUUUUAGAAUUAAAAGAAGAAAUGCAUCAGUUACCGAUCGUUUUCGUCGCCUCAUGAUUCCUCAGUACAAGAUAUAAUCUUUUUUGUCCAGGAACACUAAACUAAACUUUAAAGCUUUUGAAUUCAAAGAUGACUAUUAAAUUAGUUUCCCUGAUCCCUCUUGUUUUCAAUUAAAAGGAAAAAAAAACAUCAAAAACUGAUCGCUUUCAUCUUUUUGUGCCUCCUCAGCAUAAGAAAUAAGCUGUGUCGUAGACCGAAAAAAUAACAAUAUGAGUGCUAAUUGAAACAUGACCACUAAAUCAGUUUCUCACGAAAAUAACUAUCUGUAUCUUCGAUUGAAAAGAGAAAUGCAUCAAUUACCGAUCCGUUUCAUCGUCUUGUGCCUCCUCAACACCUCAGAAAUCAGAUAUCGAUCGUUUCCGUCUUCAACUUUCUCGUUCAGCUACACUCCACCUAAACCAAAGGCAAUAAGAUUGCAGGGCGUUUCAACUUUGAGCUUUUGUUUGCAAUUAAAAAGAGAAUUACAUCAAUAACCGAUCGUUUCAGACUUCUUCUGACUCCUCAUUGUAAAUUUCCAACUUUCUCUUUCAGUAAGAUUUAAGCUAAACAAAAAGCAAUAUGAUCGCAGAGCGUUUCAAUUCAAAAAUUAUUAUAAAAUCAGUUUCCUAGGUAAUUGUACCCUUCUGUUUGCAAUUAAAAGGAGAAAAGUAUCAGUUACUGAUCGCUUUCAUCUUCUUUUGCCUCCUCAGCAUAAGAUUAUUGAAUUAGUUUAUCCGGAAAUUGUCUUCUUUUGUCUACAAUUAAAAAGAGUCAUAUACCGAGCGGUUUCAUCUUAUUGUGACUCUCCAUUAUAAGGUAUCAACUUACGUACGACUUCGCCGCUGUUUAAUUCAGAGAUUACUCUUUUUAAUUAGUAGUAUUCAGGAAACUGUUUCUCUGUUUGAUAUUUGUGAUUGAAUGUUUUUUGACAAAUUAUUGUUUAGUUAUCAAUGUAUGUACAUGUAAAUUUCAAUAUAAACAUUGAAUUAAUUAUCUGUUGACAUUGUGUAACGUUAAAUUUGUUUUUAUUUAUAGACUUUAAUAUUUUUCUAUUGUUGAUGUAAUUGUUAUUUUUUUGUUACAAUAGGUAGCUUAUUUCUGGUACCCAUAUUGUUCUGAAAUUGAUACAAGCCAAAUAUAUGUACAUUUUCAAGUUUUCAAUUUUUUUAAACUAAUAUCUUAUUUUCAGAAUUCAGAAUAAUAGUAUAUCCAAUUUAUUAAAAUUUUUCCUAUAUGCUGAUUAUUAUUCAGUUUAUAUAAAAUACAAAAUCAUAAGCAGCCUGAUCGAUUACAAUUAUAUAUCUUUCAAUUAAAACUGUAUCCAUCUUUUCGGGCGUUAACUCCCUGUUUUCCUCCUGAUAUAGACAAUAUACUUUUCACAGUUUGUUGGUGAGGGACUCAUCACAAUUCUAUGCUUUUAAUAUUUGUCUAUGGAAUUUUUUAUUAAUCUUCUUAGAUUGCAGAAACUUCUUGAAUUCCAAGAUAGGUCUAAUCGUUUUAAUUUUGAAUUUAUUUAUAUCAUUUUUUUAUUAAAUUCAUCUACUUUGUUUCUCAAAAUUAACUCGUUCAAAUCGUACAUAUCAUUUGAAAAAAUCUAGUAGCUUGAAAAUUGAUUACCAGAGCUUAUGACAUUGACUUUAAAAAUGAGUCUCGUUGUUAUAGCGAAAAGAUCUUUAAACUUGUAUAACUAAAAUAUGAAAUGUAUGUAUCAUUUUCUCAACAAUACGGUUUCUGAUAUUAACGAGUGUGUCAAAUAAUUUCUAUAACAUGUUUUAAAUAUAUUUUUAGAUUAAACUUUCACUUACAUCAGCGUGCCUUUCCGUAUUAGUUUAGCUUUGCACCUAGCUGACAAUAUCAAAUCACAAAUAUAAUUUCAUGUAUUUUCUUGAUUAAACUUGGUUAAAAGUGUUUUUGUAUCAACUAAAGAUUUCUACUUAAUUUAUGAGAUAUGGCAACACUGAUGUCAAUAUGUCAUCGCCAUCACAAAGUUUGAUAUUUUUAAUGGAGAACUUACUCAAACGUAGAGUACUAUUUGAGUUGUUUACAGAUUCUUGAAAUCUUCAUCUUGGUAAAAAAAAUGGAAUUAAAUCGCGCGAUGAUUUUCUAUGACUUUCGACGUGGAUUAAACCAACAGUGUGCUAAUCAACUCUCUUCGACUUUUAGUGAUGAAGCACCAUCUCGAACCACCGUGCUUCGCUGGUUUUCCAAAUUCCAACGGGGUCGCACUUCGCUAUAGGACCAAUUUUGUUGUUCCAAAUUGGGUUGCUGUGACAGAAAAUAUCGAUGAUGUGCAUGAGAUUGAUUUAAUUUUGGCAGUAGGGUUGCAAGGGUUUUAAAGACUAAAAUAAAUAUGAAAAUUAAAUCUUUCUAUAAACCUUAAAAAAAAUGCUGUAAAACAUAUUAAGAUUACUCAGAGAAGACAAAUCCAUGACAUACCGUAAUAUUGAGGCAUAUUUGGACAUUAGUUCCUUUAGCUAAGCUUCCUGGAAGCUUAACUAUAAAAAAGAUUUGUUCGUGUUGGAUACUGCAUAAUUUGACCAUCGCUCACGUAAAGUUCGUGUCGAUUGAAACAAAGAAAUUCUAGACAAAUAUCAAAGCGAAGCUUCAAAAGACGUCGAUAAGAUCGUGACAACCAACUGUGUGGGUCUUCCAAGACGAGCUAAAUCCAACAAAAUUGUUCACGUACGAAGCGUUUCGAAGCAAAUGGUCGCCAUAUCGUUCCAUUAGAGCAACGUAGAACAGUCAAUUUUGAGUAUUGCACCAGUAUUUGUUUGCCAGAAGUGUUUGAAAAAAUCAAAGAAACCAAUCGCAUCAUACUCCAUCACAACAAUGCGAGCUCUCACACAUCAGUUCAAACAAAAACGUUUUAGUAGUCAAAACAUCAAAUUGAUAGGUCAUCCACCGUACAGCCCUUGUUUGGUACCCAAUGAUUUCUUCUUAUUCCCGAAGAUCAAAAAUAAAUUGCGAGAUCAACGUUUUUCUACACCUAAAGAAGCGAUCCACGAAACACAGCUAUCCAAGGAAACGAAAGAAUAUAUUGAAAAGUGUGGCGUACGAAAUGCGGGAUGCGACAAAGGUAGUUGUAGGACCCCCGCUAUAUAUAUAAAUAUUUUUCUCCUGAUUCACGUUUUUAAUACAUAACUAGGCAGAAAUCUGGUACAUUCCGAGAUGAAACUGAUUACAAAAACUAAAACAGAGAAACUUUGCUAACAAGAUUGUUUUCAAACGAACGCAAAUAAAGUUAUACGAAAUAAACAUGAUUUACUAACAUUAUAAGGAUAAGUUCUCCACAGUAAGAUCUGAAUAAAUUGAUUAUGUUACUUCUGUGAAGAAAAUCAUUUCAAAAUGAAACUUCGCCAGCUAUAUAGAUCCAAAUUUAUGUAGGGUGUAUUCUUCUUUAGGAGGAUAAUAUAUAUUUUGGAAAUAAAACAAUGGGAUGUAGAAUCUUGUAAAAAUUUUUUUCUAAAAAUAUGUGCAAAAUGGCAGAAAAUCCUAAACGACUCUCCAAACAACUUACAAUGUCUAAGUGGGGUAUUGACAAAUCAAUUUCUUUUAGUUCUAAAUUAACGGGCCACAAUAUUAAACGAAAUGGAAAAGAUAUUUGGUAAAAAUGUAACAGGCAUGUUACUAAUGUUAAACUCGCAUUCCAUAGAUAAUGUUCGAAAUUAUGGACAAUAUACACUUUAAACGCUUGAAGAUUACUUUCUUCUUCUUUCGGUACCGUGCCUGUCUUCAAGCGUGGACUAUCUCUAUGACAAUUUGGUUGAAUUGGUCUCCAUCUGUCAUUCACUCAAAAUAAUUGUUUAACUCUCAAUGCAGUCCAAUUUCUAAUAGUUUUGCAACCUAUCCCUCAUCCUUUUCCUGAAUGAUCCGGCGAGGUAUAUUAAGUACCUUAUAUCAUAUACCCAAAAUAACUGACCUUACUUGUUUUAUUUACGGUGUUUAGAAGUUCUCGAUACUUAUUCAGCUCUCUGCGUACCUCUUCAUUGCUGGUAUGUGCGAUCCACGGAAUCUUGAGGAUUCCUCGAUAACACUACAUCUCGAAUCUAUUCCAUUCAUUAAAAAAUGCUGCAUACAUAACAGCAGAAUGUUCUUAACCGCUUCUGAACUGUGAGGUUUCUAUUAGUGAGAAUUUGCUUAAUGUGCCAUUUCAAUCUUUGCUGUUAUCCCUUCAUCGUACGUUAUCUCAUUGUGCAACCAGCUACCUAAAUAUUUGAUGUCAGUUCAAUGUUGUUAAUUGUAAUCUGAAUUGGUUCUAUGUUUAUUCUACUCGCAGUCAUCCAUUUCGUUUUUUUAUGUUCAUAUUGACACCCCAUCUUCGACCAGCCACAUGCACUCAGUGCAGCAGUAUUUUCAAGUCUUCCAUGUUUCCUGCUAUGUUCGUAGUAUCAUUUGCGUAACUUACAUUGUUUAUAAUUCUCUCUCUGCCUUGCCUUAUAAAACCUCGCCAAAUAUAAAUAAAAGUUAAUGCCCUUAUGCAGAAAAGGUCUUCGCGCGUGUCUAGUCCACUACUAAAACCAUAUUAUCCAAAUUUGGCAUAAAUUAUAUAGAGGAGUAUGUUUAAGAGUAAUUUUAAAAUGUGACUCAUUAGGCUAGUUCAACGGAAGUCAUUGAAACCUUUAGCUUUGUUGUUUAUGGUUAAGUCGAUGAAGAUCGAUUUUUGGAAGUUCUCCAGUUUGGUAGACAUGGUCGAAAAACGCCGUUGGAAAAGAUAUGCUUCCGUCAUCAAGUAGUUUUACCAGCACUACCAACUUCUGAUUGGUGUAUUCCUUUUAAACUUAGGAUUUGAAAAUGCUAGGGGGGCUCCUCCACCAUAUAAUGAGUUGAAUUUAAAGUUUGGUACCAUUUUCUGUCUUUCUCAACUUACAUUGAAUUCGUAGAGUCGACAGGAUGAACAACUGGUAUAAACUGUAGCACUCAGUAUCGUUAUUCAUAUUUCAAGUUGAGCCUUGCUCAAUGAAUACCUUGAUUGAUUGCAAAAAAAAACAAAAUUAAAACAUUUGUUGCCUAUGUCACAGUUUCUUUUAAACAAACACUUUGUAGUUAUGAUUAAAAAUACAUUUUUGUCACUCUGUAUGUUAUUGACACCAAUAUUAUUAGUGGAUUAUUGGUAAUAAUAAUAUUGUAAUUGAAUAGACUGCAAUUACUUGAGACCUGUUUUUGUUUCAUAGUAUUUUUUAUAUCAGCAUUACAUGUCUUUAAAUUACAUUUGAAAAUUUUAAUAAAUGUUGUGAAACAUUCAA